GCUUCAGUGUCUUCGUGGUUGGUGUGGCUGAUGUAGAUUACAAUGAGCUGGCCAAGAUUGCCAGCAAGCCCAGUGAGCGUCAUGUAUUUAUUGUUGAUGACUUUGAUGCCUUUGAAAAGAUUCAAGAUAACCUUGUCACCUUUGUGUGUGAGACAGCUACCUCAACUUGUCCCCUUAUUUACUUGGAGGGAUACACUUCACCUGGUUUCAAGAUGCUGGAAUCAUAUAAUCUAACAGAGAAGCAUUUUGCUUCUGUACAAGGCGUAUCCCUGGAAUCAGGCUCUUUCCCAAGCUAUGUAGCAUACAGACUCCACAAAAAUGCCUUUGUCAGCCAGCCAAUCCGGGAGAUUCACCCAGAAGGAUUGCCCCAGGCAUACACUAUCAUUCUGUUAUUCCGUCUUCUGCCUGAAUCCCCCAAUGAGCCUUUUGCAAUUUGGCAGAUUACAGACAGAGAUUACAAACCACAAGUUGGAGUUGUGCUUGAUCCUGCCAGCAAAGUGCUGUCAUUCUUUAACAAGAAUACAAGAGGAGAAGUUCAAACUGUAACUUUUGAUAAUAAUGAAGUAAAGAAAAUCUUUUAUGGAAGCUUCCAUAAGGUCCAUAUUGUUGUAACUUCAUCAAAUGUUAAGAUUUAUAUUGACUGCAGUGAAAUAGUGGAAAAACCAAUUAAGGAGGCUGGGAACAUCACAACUGAUGGCUAUGAAAUACUUGGGAAACUUCUAAAAGGCGACCGAAAAUCAGCAACAUUAGAAAUCCAGAAUUUUGACAUUGUAUGCAGUCCAGUUUGGACUAGCAGAGACAGAUGCUGUGAUCUUCCUUCUAUGAGAGAUGAAGCAAAAUGCCCAGCUCUUCCAAACGCCUGUACCUGUACUCAAGACAGUGUGGGACCUCCAGGACCUCCUGGACCAGCUGGUGGCCCAGGUGCUAAAGGUCCCAGAGGUGAAAGAGGUUUGACUGGAUCAUCUGGGCCUCCUGGUCCUCGUGGUGAGACAGGUCCUCCUGGCCCUCAAGGUCCCCCAGGUCCUCAGGGUCCCAAUGGGCUGUCAAUUCCAGGUGAACCGGGUCGUCAAGGAAUGAAAGGUGAUGCUGGCCAGCCUGGACUACCAGGGCGAUCGGGAACCCCAGGUUUACCUGGUCCACCUGGCCCAGUGGGACCUCCAGGAGAAAGGGGUUUCACAGGAAAAGAUGGUCCCACAGGUCCCAGAGGCCCACCAGGACCAGCGGGUGCCCCAGGAGUUCCAGGAGUUGCUGGCCCAAGUGGAAAACCAGGAAAACCAGGAGAUCGUGGGACACCAGGUGCACCUGGAAUGAAGGGAGAAAAAGGUGACAGAGGUGACAUUGCUUCUCAGAACAUGAUGCGAGCAGUUGCAAGACAAGUUUGUGAACAACUGAUAAAUGGUCAAAUGAGCCGGUUCAAUCAAAUGUUGAAUCAAAUCCCAAAUGAUUAUUAUUCAAACCGUAAUCAGCCAGGGCCACCAGGUCCACCUGGUCCCCCAGGAGCUGCUGGGACAAGAGGAGAGCCUGGACCUGGAGGAAGACCAGGAUUCCCAGGACCUCCUGGGGUCCAAGGACCACCUGGUGAAAGAGGAAUGCCUGGAGAGAAAGGCGAAAGAGGGACUGGAUCUCAAGGACCACGAGGUUUACCAGGACCACCUGGUCCACAAGGAGAAUCUAGAACUGGUCCACCAGGCUCCACAGGAUCACGAGGACCACCAGGGCCACCAGGUCGUCCUGGAAAUGCUGGUAUUCGAGGUCCCCCAGGGCCACCAGGAUAUUGUGAUUCAUCCCAGUGUGCUAGCAUCCCUUAUAAUGGCCAAGGAUUCCCAGAACCAUACGUGCCUGAAAGUGGACCCUAUCAGCCUGAAGGUGAACCCUUUAUAGUACCUAUGGAGUCAGAAAGGAGAGAGGACGAGUAUGAGGACUAUGGAGUUGAAAUGCAUUCACCAGAAUACCCUGAGCACAUGCGCUGGAAAAGAUCACUGUCAAGAAAAGCAAAAACAAAACCGUAAAAGAUCUGUGUCUUGUUUUGGUUUUUUUGGUUGGUGGUUUUUUGGGUUUCUUUGCUGUACUUGCAUUUGCAGAUACACACAGGGAGGGUGCAUCAUUCCUUUUGCAAUAUAGCAUUCUGGUCUUUUCAUAUUAGACUCACCCCUGGUUUGUAUCUCGCUUAUGUGGGGAUAGCAAUGUAUGUACCUAGAGACUUCAUGUUGCUCUGGAAAUGCUUGUAAAAUACUUUUGCUUAUAGUGGCUGCAUACAGGUUAAUGUGUGCAUUCAGUUAUCCCAGUGCUGUCUUUUCAUUAAAAUAAUGU